AUGCCUAAUCCAUCUUCUUCUGGUACACCUAGAUAUGGCAAGACUAGUUCUCCAUUAAGGAGGUCCUCUAGCAUCAAGAAUACUUUGACUUCUAUCCUGGGAAGUAAUUCCGCCAAUAAGAACAAUAGUAGUAAGAACAAGAGCAGUAAUAACAAUAGUAAUGACGGUAAUCCUCCUACUUCACCUCUAAGAAGACGCGAUACUACGACUGGAACUCCUUCUAGUAGUACGAACAAUAACCAGACAAUGAGAAGAUCUCCUACUACAACAAGGAGUACUAAUGCUACGGAGAGUAGACUAAAUCAAUCUUCCUCUGAGCCUAAAAGGUCCAAUACAGUAUCUGGUAAACCAAGAAUGAUGGAGAGGCCUUCAUAUAGUUCUGCUUCAAGAUCAUCUGCAUCUAUAUCUUCAUCAACAGUUUCUGGUUCUACUAGUACUGACACUCCCAACACUUCAACUCCAAGGUCAAGUACACGAUCGGUACAAAGAAGCGCCUCUAUGAUGACGCCAAGAUCAAAAAGCAGCGGUAAUUCAACCAGUUCUCUUAGUACAACUGCAAGAACGGGCACUAGAAAUGGUGUAUCGGCAUCUGCGAGAACGAGAAACACCCCAGAAUCGAUACCAAGAGCUUCUUGGGCGGCGGCCUCGUCACCUGCAGCACCGCCAUCGGCACCAGAACCUGUACUUAGUGAAGCACCAGAGGACCAUCAAGCAUAUACGCUGAAUUCGUUAGCGCCACAAAUGGUAGUUUCAGCACCACCACCGCCGCCAUCUGCGAAGGAAUUCUUAAUCGAAUAUCUAACCCAACGUGGAUUAUUAAAACCAAAGACCGUUUACGAAAGGCCGGAAUUGAAAAUUUCCAUUUCUUCAAGUGGUGAUCACGUAUUUUUGCCGACCAUGUCAUGCAACGAUGAUGAAUAUUUGGCGAGAUUAAACGGAUUUAGAGAAGAUGAAGAUUUUGAAGUUUUAGAUACAGCUGAAUCCCGUGAAAAUAACACUAGAAAUGAUACCGCAAAUAGGGAGCUUCCCAGAUCGAGUUCAAAUGGGAAUUUAAGAUCAAGACCAUCUACAGCUUCCUUCCAUAGUAAUAACCCAUUUAGACAGUCAUCAUCGAAUUCAUUGGAUUCGAGAUCUCCACCAUCUUUUGAAAUGGACGAAUCCAUGGCCUCAUUAACUAUAGCGGUAAUUGUAUCGAUACCAAAACCCACGAAGAUCUCAUCUAUAGAGGCACAGUUAUGUUCACUUGUUAGGAUCCAUUGGUAUGCAGGUGUACCACCAACGAGGUCAUUUCAAGAGGAAAAUUACAGUGCAGGAACAUUGAAUUGGAGUUUGGGGACAGAUAAUAUGAACGUUUUUAUCCCACUAAAUGUAUCUUCAAAGGAAAAAAUCAUUGAAAAUAACAGAAAUAUUAGACAAAUGAGUCUCUUUCGGAAUAUUCCCGAUAGUCAAAAGAUUUAUUUGGAAAAAGGUCGUAUUAGAAAAGAUCUAAUUGAGAAGGCCUCAUCUGAAGGACCUCAAACUAUGCAACCUGGUGAUUACGUCUAUAUUAUUCCAAUCGCAUUCAGUAAUCACAUUCCAGAAUCUCUAUAUCUGCCAUCAGCUCGUGUUCAUUACAAGUUUUGUGUGGCAGCUAAGAUGCAAGACGGCAAAAACAGAUCUUUAUCUGUUCAACAACAAAAAGCCGUACAGGAGGAACGUCAGCAAGAAUCAGAAUUGAAUAAUCAUAAAAAAUUUGGUCUUUUGAAGAAGAUUAAAGGUGGACAUUUACCAAACGGACUUUCUCCAGCUAGGGAUACAUCUGAAGAUCCGAAUGAAAGCUAUACCGAAUACCCCAUCUAUGUGAUUAGAACUCCACCACCGAUCUCUAUCUCCACUGCUAAUAAACCAAUUUAUAUCGAUCGUGUUUGGACAGACUCAUUGGCUUACGAAGUUUCAUUUGCUCAGAAAUACGUGGCUCUGGGAUCUAAAGUACCGGUAAAGAUCAAAUUGGAACCUUUGACUCCUGAUGUGUUUGUGAAAAGAGUGAGGGUCAGCAUUGUAGAGAGGAUUACCUUGGUGAGUAAGAAUUAUGAAUUUGAGUAUGAUCAGGUCGAUCCAGUGGCUCGCGAUCCUUACAACCCGUAUUUCAAUGAAUUCGCCGCUAAACGUAAGAAAGAACGUAGUUUAUCACUAUUAGAAAUUAGAACUAGAGACAAAGGUGGUAGAGCUAUUAAGGAGGAAAUUGUAGAAAAUUGUGUGAAUGAUAACCUUUUGUCCUACAAUACAGAAGGUGGUGUCGAUCCACUUUAUAUCGAAACCAAUGUGGAAUUUCCCUGCUAUGAAGAUCUAGAAAAAAAUUCUGCUAAACAAAUACCGCCUUAUGGUGUGGAUGCCUAUGCAAAUAUUCCUAAUCCUGAAGCGACUAAUACACAAUCAUCUAAUGGUCACCAAUCGUCGAACAAUAACGCUCCCGGUCAUCGUAACAGUGUGAUAGGAUUUUUAACCAGCAGGAAAAGUUCAUUAUCUCCAACACCGAAGAGUAGUUCUGGCGAUUUAAAGAGGAAACCAUCGUUUUCACCGCAACCUAUUUCCAAUCAAUCUCGUCCACCACAAGAUCAGAGAUUUCAUGAGACUAAAUUGAGAAACGGUAGAGGUGUAACAGUCAAGAAACAUACUAGAUUGAAUAAACCAAGACGUGGAUUAUACCUGGAUAGUUUACAUUUCACUAAUAUUCACAGUAGACACAAAUUGGAAGUUAUGUUAAGAAUUAGUAAACCAGACAUUGCUGAUCCAACAAAGCUGAGACAUUAUGAGGUGUUGAUAGAUACUCCAAUUUUCUUAAUCUCUGAAAAAUGUAGUGAGGGCAAUAUGGAGUUACCUACAUAUUCCGAUGCAAUUAACGAUCCGCUGGCUCCAGGCAGACCAUCUAACAUGAUGGCACCUCCAACUUUUGAAGAAGCCAUAUCAGUACCAGCAUCACCAAUGCAAUCACCAUUGGGAUCGCCAACCUUAUCACCACUAGGAGCACCCUCAAUUUCACCAACAACUUCACCACUACUUUCCCCAAUGGGUUCACCCCAUACAAGAAAUGCUAACGUACCGAAGGAUUCGGAUAUUCAACAUUUAAGUUUAACUAAUGCACCAACUUUGGCUCCACCUGAACAUUCUGCACAUUUACAACCAUCGUCUGGUCCUGGGGUCAAUCCUAACUUUGCAAAUGGUAACCACAUGUUUAACAAUUUGGAUAAAUUGAUGAGUUCACCUGCAAGCACUAGUGGAAGAACUAAUGGUCAAAAUAGUGGUCUUAACCCCAGUGGAUUCAAUGGUAUUGGCAAUGUCAUCGAUUCAGACGAUUUAGACAUGACAAGGCCCAACUUUAACAAGAAUCCAGAAAGACCUACAACCGAAAAGCCUACAAGAACUUUUUUGUCAGAACCACCUAAAUAUGACGAAAUCAUGCCUUAA